AUGACCACCACAACCAGCUCUGCGUUGAAAGGGGAGCUCUGCUAUGCCAGCUUGGACGGCGUGGCUAGGGACGAAGGCCGCGGACUGGGACAUUUGGAGUCCACGUAUCUCAUCGAGUGCGAGCGCGCCUGCGACGCCACGGAGGGCUGUCGCUCCUUCGCGCGCUGCCCCCGCUGGGGCAAGUGCUUCUUCAAGGAUCGGAGUUUUACUGGCUCUGAAUCCACCCGAACCAAUGGUGAAUGUGCGACAUUCUACCAGAUCGAUUGCAGCUUGACCACCACCACAACCACCACUACACGAGUUGGUGGAGGCAAUGUGGUGAAGGUGGUGUCCUACAAUUUAUAUUGGUGGAAUGCUUUUGGGCAGAACUCUUGGAAGAGCGAUGGCAUCAUUGACAACAUCAAAGAUACCUUGACACCAGACGCGAUCGGCUUGCAGGAGUGUGACUCUCCUAGCAGCAUCAGUAGCCGCACCGGUGUGUUGGACCGAGCCAGCGUCUUCAAAGGUGCUCAAGGAGUCAUGGUGAAGCCAGGCCUUUUCACAACCAGCAAUUCGGGCUCCAGAGAUUUGGACGCGACCGGCAAGUGGGGCCCCAGAUAUGUCACUUGGGUGAAGCUGACUGACGAGUCCACGGGCCACGUCUUUUGGCAUUUCAACACCCACUGGUGCGUACACAGCGAGGGUGAUCGCAUUUGCAACGAGGAUGUGAGAUACCGUGGUGCCCAGAACAUGUUGAAGGCGAUCCAGGAGAAUGCCAAAGAUGCGCCGGUCGUCAUCACUGGGGACUUCAAUGCGGGCAUGGGCGAGAAAGGAAUCAGACAUUUCUUGGACAAUGGUUUCAAGUUGGCUGUCGACAGCUGGGUGGAUGCCAUCUUUUACUCCAAGCACUGGGAUCUUUUAACCACCGGUGUCGGAGAAAUGGCUGGCAGCGACCAUCGGCCCGUUUGGGCGGAGCUCUCUUUGAAAUGA